AUGUGGAAGUGCUCUUUAAUUUUAGUGGUUUUUGUUAUAACUUUCGCUAAUUCCGAGGAGGAUGCAGCACAAGAUGGACGAGGAGAGUUUGCAAAGAAUUUCUUUGGCGGGUUGUGGGGAAACCGUCCUCCGAUCAUGGAAAAGUAUCACCCUAACCCAACAUGUACUUGCAAAUGCGGUGAGAGGAAUGAAGUAUCACGUAUCGUUGGCGGUACAGAAGCUAGCAACGAUGAGUUCCCUUGGAUGGCCAAAUUGAUUUACUUCAAACGUUUCUAUUGUGGUGGAAUGCUAAUUAACGAUCGAUAUGUACUGUCUGCUGCGCAUUGUGUCAAAGGCUUUAUGUGGUUCAUGAUAAAAGUGACAUUCGGCGAGCACAACCGUUGCAAUGCGACAGUCCGUCCUGAGACAAGAUUCGUGAUACGAGUCAUCGCCAAUAAGUUCACCCUCACGAAUUUCGACAAUGACAUAGCGCUGCUUCGACUUAACGAACGGGUCCCGAUGUCUGAUGCCAUAAAGCCUAUUUGCUUGCCCACAGAUAAAACUAAGCUCUAUGUCGGAGUCAAAGCAGUAGCAUCAGGCUGGGGCACCCUUAGUGAAGAAGGCAAGGUCUCAUGUACUCUCCAAGAGGUAGAGGUUCCGGUAAUGAGUAAUGAAGACUGUCGUAAAACAAAGUAUACGGCGUCAAUGAUCACAGACAAUAUGCUGUGUGCUGGUUAUCCGAAGACUGGACAAAAGGACUCGUGUCAGGGCGACAGCGGCGGGCCACUUAUUACUGAGAGAAAGCAUGACAAACGCUACGAAUUAAUAGGCGUGGUGUCGUGGGGCAACGGUUGCGCUAGAGUCGGAUAUCCAGGCGUCUAUACCCGGGUCACCAAUUACUUAGAUUGGAUCAAGGAGAACACUCAAGACGCUUGUUAUUGUACAAGUUAA